AUGUCGUUCCCUGCGGGUAAAGCGCCCGAGCGCAAAACGUUGUUCAAGAAGGGAAUCGACGCCGAUGAGUCGCGUCGGAGCCGUCUCGAGACGACAGUGCAGAUCCGCAAGACGAUCAAAGAGGACCGUAUCAACCAGCGCCGUCGAAUGGCGCCGGAGGACAGCAGAGCGGCGGCUACUCCCGCCGCGGAUGAUGCAGCGGGCGAGCUGACGCUUGCUCAGCGGCUGUCGGAGCUGCCGCAGAUGGUCGCGGGCGUGCAGUCGAGUGACGCGGCUGUCCAACUCGAAGCAGUGACCAAGUUCCGCAAGCUCUUGUCGAUCGAGCGUAAUCCGCCGAUCAAGGAAGUGAUUGACACUGGGGUCGUGCCUACGUUUGUGCAAUUUCUCCAGCGCGAGGAUUUUCCCACGCUGCAGUUUGAAGCUGCCUGGGCUUUGACAAACAUUGCAUCGGGCACCUCUGUAGACACCGAGGUCGUGAUCAAUCAUGGUGCUGUGCCUAUUUUCUGCCAGCUUUUGCUAUCAACAAACGAUGACGUGCGCGAGCAGGCUGUGUGGGCUCUUGGAAACAUUGCCGGUGACUCUAUCGAGUGCCGUGACAUGGUUCUGCGCUGCGGUGCCCUGCGUCCACUCAUGCAGCAGUUGACAGAGAACUCGAAGCCGACGAUGCUUCGUAACGCUACGUGGACACUGUCAAACUUUUGCCGGGGCAAGCCACAGCCGCAGUUUGAGCUCGUGGCGCCCGCGCUCCCGACUCUGGGCCAGCUCAUUUACACCCACGACGAGGAAGUGCUGACGGACGCGUGCUGGGCACUGUCUUACCUGUCAGAUGGCUCGAACAAGAAGAUCCAAGCUGUGAUUGAAGCUGGUGUCUGCCGGCGGAUCGUCGAAUUGCUGAUGCACCACUCUUUUUCCGUGCAGACGCCUGCUCUGCGUACGGUCGGUAACAUCGUGACUGGCGACGACUUGCAGACACAGGUCAUUAUCAAUCUGAAUGCGUUGCCGUGCCUCCGUGCGCUUUUGGAAAGCCCGAAGAAGGGAAUCCGAAAGGAGGCUUGCUGGACACUGUCCAACAUCACGGCUGGCAACCAAGAGCAAAUCCAGUUUAUCAUGAUGGCCGACAUUUUCCCUACCCUCAUUGGAUUCCUGUCCACGGCUGAGUUUGAUAUCCGCAAAGAAGCGGCGUGGGCAGUGUCGAAUGCCACGUCGGGUGGAUCAGUCGAGCAGAUCAUGCACCUUGUUAGUCUUGGGUGCAUAAAACCGUUGUGCGACCUCCUGGAGGUGAAGGAUGCGAAGGUUGUGAUUGUGGCUCUCGAGGGCCUCGAGAACAUUUUGCGAGCGGGCGAGCAGCAGAAGACGAACGACAUCAACGACGUUGCAACGAUGAUUGACGAGGCGGAUGGCGUGUCCAAGAUCCAGGCUUUGCAGUACCAUGCCAACGAAGACAUUUACGUCAAGUCCAUGAAAAUCGUUGAAGCAUACUUCAACGGCGAGGAAGAUGCGGAAGAUAGCCUAGCGCCCGACGCGGAUGCAAACGCACAGCAGUUCCAGUUCGGCACAUCGUCCGACCAGCCGACCAUGUUCCAGUUCGGCCAGAACUAA